UCCUCCCGGGGUCUAAUUGAGAGAUGAGUGCUAAAAACAGUGAUUAAACCUGGCUUCCAUCUGUCUCUCUCUCCCUCCUUUUAUUUUCCCCUAAAACCUUACCCUAACCCCCCACCUCUCUCUCUCUCUCUCUCUCUCUCUCAUCAAUGGCGACCACUGAAACCGUCGAGAACGGCUCAACGAAAACGACGCUAUCCGAUUCACAACGAGUCGCAUCCGACGGUGCCGCCACGGCUGUAUCCACCUCCACGGUGGCCGUCGUUGACACCCUCAUAAACCCCGUUACAGAUGAGAAUCAGAACUCCGUAGUUGAGUCCGACUCUGCUCCACCUUUGGAAUCUGAUGCUCAGCCAACCACAACCGCUACUACUACCAACAGUAACGUCACAGCCACAGCCACAACCGCUGCCACCGCCGACAAGAAGUGGCCAGGAUGGCCUGGGGACUGCGUGUUUAGGUUAAUUGUUCCGGUGGCCAAGGUCGGUAGCAUCAUCGGCCGAAAGGGCGAGCUCAUAAAGAAGAUGUGCGAAGAGACUCGCGCCCGCAUUCGCGUUCUCGAUGGUCCCGUAGGCACUCCUGAUCGUAUAGUAUUGAUCUCAGGAAAGGAAGAGCCAGAUGCUCCUCUUUCUCCUGCAAUGGAUGCUGUAAUAAGAAUAUUUAAACGUGUUUCUGGAUUGUCUGAGGCUGAGGGUGAUGCUAGCCUGUUUGGCACUGCUGCAGCUGUGUUCUGUUCAAUCCGGUUGUUGGUUGCAUCUACACAAGCCAUAAAUCUAAUUGGGAAGCAAGGUUCAUUGAUCAAAUCCAUACAGGAGAGCACUGCUGCUUCAGUACGAGUAUUGUCUGGAGAUGAAGUGCCGUUUUAUGCUGCUUCAGAUGAGAGGAUUGUUGAGUUGCAGGGAGAAGCCUCGAAGGUUCUCAAAGCUCUAGAAGCAGUAAUUGGUCACCUGCGGAAAUUUUUGGUUGAUCAUAGUGUUCUUCCACUGUUUGAGAAGAAUUACAAUGCGACUGUCACACAAGAGCGUCAAGUCAUUGUUGACAAUACACCACGGGCUGACAAGUCAUUGUUGCAUACUGCUUCACAAACUGGAGUUGGUACUAAUUAUCCUCUUUCAUCAAAGAGGGAGUCUCUGUAUCUUGAUCGGGAACCACAGCUGGAAGCGCAACUCCCUUCAUCUGGAAUUUCUAUCUAUGGACAAGAUCCAACACUUUCAGGAAUACGAUCUUCAGGCCUUGGUCGUGCUGGUGCUCCCAUCGUUACUCAGAUUACACAAACAAUGCAAAUCCCACUCUCUUAUGCUGAGGACAUUAUUGGGAUUGAAGGGUCUAAUAUUGCAUACAUUCGUCGUACAAGUGGAGCCAUAUUAACGGUGCAAGAGAUCAGGGGAGUUCCUGAUGAAAUCACGGUAGAAAUUAAAGGCACCUCAUCACAGGUUCAGCUGGCUCAACAAUUGAUUCAGGAAGUUAUAAGCAAUCACCAAGAUCCACUUGCAAGCACCUAUGGCAGGAUAGAUGCUGGGUUAAGAUCAUCCUAUUCUCAGUUGAACAAUUCAACUUACCCUUCGUCGUCAUUAUCUUCUCAAUCCUAUGGUGUGUACGGAUCGUCUGGCCUGGGAGGGUACAGUGCUUUCAGGCUUUGAUUGGGUAACUAUCUAUAGUCUAGUGGCAGUUUUCUCUGCUUGAACCUUUCUUUCCAUUCUAUUCUGAUUAGAGAAAUAUUGUAGUAUGUAAAGUUCCCCCCAGUGGGUCCUCUUGCUUUCUUCAACCUGUUAUUGUCAGAUAUUUUUUUGUUGGGUGCCUGUAAGGUGGCUAAUCUUGAAAAAGAAAGAAAGAAAAAAGGAUAAAGAAGAAUGUAAUUUAGCAUUAGUGAUUUUAUGCUUCAUAAAUUUGUAUUCAAUCUAAAAAGUUUUAUGUAUUCAAUCUACAAAAGUUGGUAAGGCAAGUUGCCAA